AUGCUCAUUCUUUUGACAAAACAACGACGAUUCUUUUGGGUGUCUGUAAGUGGCGACCUGACCAGGAUCGCCGUCAUCGAGAAGGAGAAUGUCGCACCAACGCCACUGGCCACACAAAAGCGUGCUCGCAUGUAUGGCGGCACCCCCAUCACCGCCGACCGAUUGAUGAAGCCUUUCAAAUGCCCUGGAUCUGCAACACCCACAAGAGCCUCUGAGAAACCAGUUCGCAAGCGAAGAAAGGUCAACUACGGAGGUGCCGAUGGCGAGGCCGACGAUGCCGACAAGCCCUACAGCAAUGACGACCGCCUCGCCCUUGCUACUCGAGAUGUCAACCGCUUUCCCGUAUUCAAGCCCAAGGAUAAGGACCAGUCGAUACGUCAACGUUUCUCGGUACCCUUCCUUAACAAGGAUCCUUCCGCCUACAAUUCGUCUCGCNCCCCACCUCUCCUUGGACUGCGACAAGGUGCAGUUUUUGUUGCCAAACCACUUCACGAUCCCAGUGGAGAGUUUGCCAUCGUACUGUACGAUCCCACUGUCGACGACAAACCUGCGAAAUCAAUAGAAGAUGCAUCCAAGGAAAAAACAGAAGAACCCAAGGAGAAGGUCGACGAACCGAUCAUGCACAAGAGCUUGGCAGAUAUUUUAGGACUGAAGAAGAAGGUUGUUGAUGAGCGUNCUCGGGUGCCUGUGGUCAUCGACCCCAGGUUAGCCAAGGUUUUGCGACCUCAUCAAGUCGAGGGUGUCAAGGCUCAAGGCUGCAUCAUGGCAGACGAGAUGGGUCUCGGCAAAACGUUACAGUGCAUCGCCCUCAUGUGGACUCUCUUGAAGCAAUCACCGGACGCUGGUAAGCCGACGAUUAACAAGGCCAUCAUUGUUUGUCCCUCGAGUUUGGUUCGCAAUUGGGCCAACGAGUUGGUCAAAUGGCUAGGCAAGGAUGCCAUUAAUCCCUUUGCCAUCGAUGGCAAGGCGACCAAAGAAGAGCUAAUCCAGCAAAUUCGACAGUGGUCCAUUGCAUCAGGUCGUGCCAUCAUUCGCCCUGUUAUAAUCGUAUCUUACGACACGCUGAGACUCUACGUGGACGAGUUUAGAGAAACGCCCAUUGGACUGUUGCUCUGUGACGAAGGUCACAAGUUGAAGAACGCCGACAGUCAGACUUUCAUGGCUCUGAAUGGUCUCAACGUACAGAAGCGAGUCAUCUUGUCCGGCACACCCAUUCAGAACGAUCUCACUGAAUACUUCUCGCUACUCAAUUUUGCCAACCCCAACUACCUUGGUACGAGAAUGGACUUCCGCAAANAGUUCGAGCUUCCUAUCUUGCGUGGUCGCGACGCAGGUGGUUCCGAUGCCGACCGCAAGAAGGGUGACGAGCGAUUGAGCGAGCUCUUGACUUUGGUCAAUAAGUUCAUCAUCCGCCGCACCAACGAUAUCUUGAGUAAGUACUUGCCAAUCAAGUACGAGCACGUCGUUUUCUGCAACAUGGCGCCUUUCCAGAAGGACCUUUACAACCAUUUCCUGCAGUCUCCCGACAUCAAGAGUUUGUUGAGGGGCAAGGGUAGUCAACCUCUCAAGGCUAUUGGCUUGCUCAAGAAACUUUGCAAUCACCCUGACCUACUAAAUCUUCCCGACGAUCUGCCUGGUUGCGAAAACACGUUCCCCUCGGACUUUGUACCCAAGGAUGCUCGUGGUCGUGACAGAGAUGUCAAGUCAUGGUACUCGGGCAAGAUGCAAGUGCUCGAUCGCAUGCUUGCACGCAUCAGAACCGAGACCAACGACAAGAUUGUUUUGAUUUCGAACUACACGCAGACUCUCGACGUCUUCGAGAAGCUUUGUCGUGCAAGAAACUACGGCAGUCUCAGACUCGAUGGCACCAUGACUGUCAACAAGCGUGCAAAGCUGGUGGACAAGUUCAAUGAUCCCGAAGGCAACGAAUUCGUCUUCCUGUUAUCUUCCAAGGCAGGUGGGUGUGGUCUCAACUUGAUUGGUGCCAACCGUCUCGUGCUUUUCGACCCUGAUUGGAACCCAGCAGCAGAUCAACAGGCACUUGCACGUGUCUGGCGUGAUGGACAGAAGAAGGACUGCUUCGUGUACCGCUUCAUCGCGACUGGAACGAUCGAGGAAAAGAUCUUCCAGAGACAGUCUCACAAGCAGUCACUGUCAUCGUGUGUCGUGGAUUCGGCAGAGGACGUGGAAAGACAUUUCUCGCUGGACAGUCUCCGUGAGCUCUUCCAGUACCGACCCGACACGACAAGUGAUACGCACGACACGAUCAAGUGUAAGCGUUGCAAGGACGGCAAGCAGUUCAUCAAGGCGCCUGCAAUGCUCUAUGGUGACACCAGCUCGUGGAACCACUUUACCAACGAUGGCGAGCAGGGAGCAUUGGGCAAGAUUCAAGAUCUGCUGCUCAGACAGGAGUGCUCGGAGGAUGCAGUCAGUGCUGUGUUCCAGUACAUCAGCCAUUAG